GACCUUCGGCUUUGGGACACAAGAACAGGGCCUCUCGGGGAGGGGCAGAAAGCAAACCUCCCCGCCCCCCUCCACUCUCCACCCUUGCCAGCGCGCCUGCCGCGGGUAGCCUCUUGCCCACUGGAGACAAGGACUGGCCGGGUGAGAGGCCGAGACCAGGGGGCGAUCGGCCGCCACUUCCCCGGCCCACCUUAAGAGGACCAAGUAGCCAGCCCGCCGCGCCGACCUCAGAAAAACAAGUUUGCGCAAAGUGGUGCGCGGCCAGCCUCUGGGCAGAGGGAGCGGUGCUUCCACCGCCUGGCAGCCCUGCGCGUGGCGGCGCAGCCGCGGCCCAUGGAGCCCGCCGGCCCGGCCCCUGGCCGCCUAGGGCCGCUGCUGUUCUGCCUGCUGUUCUCCGUGUCCUGUUUCUGUGCAGAAGUACAUCAAGAUGGGGUCAUGCAAAACAUUUCACAGAAUCAAAGGCGAAGGACCAUCAAAACUGUCCAGGCUAAAACCACAUCCACAUCCCCUCAGCACGUGGCAAAGGAACUGAAGAUGAUUCAGCCUGAGAAGUCAGUGUCUAUUGCUGCUGGGGAUUCGGCCACUCUGAACUGCACUGUGACCUCCUUGUUGCCUGUGGGACCCAUUAAGUGGUUCAAAGGAAAAGGGAUUAGCCGGCACUUGGUCUACAGUUUCACAGGAGAACACUUUCCUCGAGUUACAAAUGUUUCAGAUACUUCUAAGAGAAACAACAUGGACUUUUCCAUCCGUAUCAGUAAUGUCACCCCAACAGACGCUGGCACCUACUACUGUGUGAAGUUCCAGAAAGGACCAACAGAUCCUGACACAGAAAUACAAUCUGGAGGAGGAACGGAGGUCAGUGUACUCGCCAAACCUUCUGUACCGGUGGUAUCCGGCCCAACAAACAGGGGCAGACCUGGGCAGACAGUGAACUUCACCUGCGAGUCUCAUGGCUUCUCUCCCCGGAAUAUCACUCUGAAGUGGUUCAAAGAUGAGAAAGAACUGCCCCACUUGGAGACCACCGUGAACCCUAAUGGAGAGAACGUCUCCUAUGCCAUCCUCAGCACAGUCAAGCUGGAACUAACCCCCAAGGAUGUUCAUUCUCAGGUCAUCUGCAAGGUAGCCCAUACCACCUUGGAUGGACACACUCUUCGUGGGACUACUAACUUGUCUGACAUCAUCCGAGUUUCACCCACCGUGAAGGUCACCCAACAGCCCCCGACGGGAGCGAACCAGGUGAACCUCACCUGCCAGGUGCAGAUGUUCUACCCCGCGGAUCUCCAGCUGAUCUGGCUGGAGAAUGGAAACGUAUCACGGAAUGACACGUCCAAGCAUUUCACAAAGAAUGAGGAUGGGACCUAUAAUUACACAAGCUUGUUCCUGGUGAACUCAUCUGCUCAUAGAGAGGACGUGGUGUUCACGUGCCAGGUGAAGCAUGACCAACAGCCAGCGAUCACCCAAAACCAUACUGUGCUGGGACUUGCCCACUCGAGUGAUCAAGGAAGCACGCAAACCAAUUUUGGUGGUAGUAAUGCAUCCAGCAACUGGACUGUCUUCAUCGGUGUGGGUGUGGCAUGUGCCUUGCUAGUAGUCCUGCUGAUGGCUGCCCUCUACCUCCUCCGGAUCAAACAGAAGAAAGCCAAGGGGUCAACGUCUUCCACACGGUUGCACGAGCCCGAAAAGAACGCCAGGGAAAUAACCCAGGUACAGUCUUUGAUCCAAGACACAAAUGACAUCAAUGACAUCACAUACGCAGACCUGAAUCUGCCCAAAGAGAAGAAGCCCGCCCCCCGGGCCCCCGAGCCUAACAACCACACAGAAUAUGCAAGCAUUGAGACAGGCAAACUGCCUAGGCCAGAGGAUACUCUCACCUAUGCUGACCUGGACAUGGUCCACCUCAGCCGGGCACAGCCAGCCCCCAAGCCUGAGCCAUCCUUCUCAGAGUAUGCCAGUGUCCAGGUCCAGAGGAAGUGAAUGGGGUUGUGGUCGGCUCUAGGCUCCAUCCCCACAAGUUUUCUUGUCCUACAUGGAGUGGCCGUGAUGAGGACAACCAGCCAGCCAGUCCUGUCCCCAGAAGGCCAGGUGGCACAGGUCCUAGGACCAGAGAUAAGGGUGGCCUCUGUCUUCCCUCCGUGGCUCUCCAACACCUCUCGGGCACCCAUGUCCCCCUUCUUCCAGAGGCUGGGUGUUGCAGAACCAGAGGGGGAACUGGAGAAAACUGCCUGGAAUCCAAGAAGUGUUGUGCCUCAGCCCAUCACUCGUGGGCCUGGAUCCUGGUCUUGGCAACCCCAGGUUGCUUCCUUGAUGCUCCAGAGCCUGGUCUUCUGUGUGGAGAAGAGCUCACCAUCUCCACCCCACUUGAGCUUUGGGGCCAGACUCCCUUUAGAUCAAACCGCCCCAUCCGUGGAAGAACUACACCAGGAGUCAGCAAGUUGUCAGCCAACAGUGCUGGCCUCCCCACCUCCCAGGCGGACUAGCCCUGGGGAGAAGGAACCCUCUCCUCCUAGACCAGCAGAGACUCCCUGGGCAUGUUCAGUGUGGCCCCACCUCCCUUCCAGUCCCAGCUUGCUUCCUCCAGCUAGCACUAACUCAGCAGCAUCGCUCUGUGGACGCCUGUAAAUUAUUGAGAAAUGUGAACUGUGCAGUCUUAAAGCUAAGGUGUUAGAAAAUUUGAUUUGUGCUGUUUAGUUGUUGUUGGGUUUCUUUUCUUUUCUUUUCUUUUCUUUUUCUUUUUUGAUUAUUUUUUUCCCCUUAAAACAACAGCAGCAGCAUCUUGGCUCUUUGUCAUGUGUUGAAUGGUUGGGUCUUGUGAAGUCUGAGGUCUAACAGUUUAUUGUCCUGGAAGGAUUUUCUUACAGCAGAAACAGAUUUUUUCAAAUUCCCAGAAUCCUGAGGACCAAGAAGGACCCUCAGCUGCCACGUUCAGCACUCAGCGUCACUGGGACGAACCAGGCCCUGUUCUUACUGAGCCACACAGCUGGCCCUUUUCCUCCAUGGCUACUGUGGUAAGUGCAGCCUUGGCUGACCCAAUGCUGACCUAAUGUUGGCCAUUCCACAUUGUGGGGAGAAGGUCUGUGACACCCCCCCCUUCACUCACAAGCACGUCAGAGGCAUGCAGAGAGAAGGGACGCUCGCUCGGCCAGCACCUGAGGUAAAUCAGUGCAGGAGGAGUCUGCUAUUGCCAUCAAACCUCAGCAGGGUCACACUGGAACAGAACCUGGUCAUACCUGUGACAACACAGCUGUAAGCCAGGGCAAACCACCCACUGUCACUGGCUUGGGAGUCUGGGCAGAGGCUCUGACCCCCACCCUUCAAACUGGAUGCCGGAGGCCUAGCUGGGCCCAAUGGCAAGCGGAUAUGACAACCUUGGCUAUCUGGUCUUAACAUGUAGCUCAGUAAGUUGAGGCGCUAAUGUCCCCAGUCCCUGGGGAUUCCUGGUUCCAGCUAUUCAAGUAAGAAAGAAGCUGAGCCAACCUGCCUGUUUCUGUAGGUGCGACAGGGAUGUUAGGAGCACAGCAAGGACCCAGCUUUGUAGGGCUGGUGAUCUGAUUCUUCCAUGUGGCCUCCAGGAGUUAGCUGGCCCAGCAGGCUGAGUUGGUCUCACUGGCCCAGCAAACCAGAACCUGUCUUUGGCCUGGCCGUGUUCUUGGGCUGUCUUCUAAUUCCAAAGGCUUGGUUGGUAAAGCUCCAUCCCGUUCUCCUCUGCCUAGAGACAUCACGUGUGUAUCACACAUGGGUGUAUAGAUGAGUUAAAAGAAUGUCCUCGCUGACAUCCUAAUUUUGUCUUACGGUUUUUUUGGAGGGAGAAAGGAACGAGGCAGAGAAGGUGUGUAGCUAUGGCUUUAUCCUGGUAGCCUGGGGGCUCCCAAGCCUAUGUAUGGAACCCUGGUACCAAGAAGAGACAAAGCCCCCUGUGAGGAGUGGGAUUUGCGUAUCUGUAGACCAGAUGAGAAGGAAACAGGCCCCAUUUUGUACAUAGUUGCAACUUAAAAUUUUUGGCUUGCAAAAUAUUUUUGUAAUAAAGAUUUCUGGGUAACAAUGA